CUACGAGAGCUCGAUACAGUGGAACGUGAAUACCGAGACUUGUUCUCCCCUGGCGCUGAUCCUAUCUAAUCAGAUAAUAAAUCAAUGAAUGAAUGAAGGGGAGGACCUGUAGCAGAUACUGUCUGCCGAGGCCGAGGGUUGCAGCUCUCCCGAGCGCGGAGCGGAGCAGAGCAGAGGAGAGGAGAGGAGAGGGAGGGGCCCGAGAGCGGGCUGCGUGCCUGCGUCUACGGUAGCAGCUUUUGUAGAAUGUGAGGAAUGGACGGCAGCGGGGGAGCAAAGGCGGUAGUUCCUAUCAUCUUGGGAAAGCACACGGCGAGAGUGAAUGGGCCGAACGGCACUGCAGUGGACAUUGAAUGGAAAAGGCGGAGAACCUUUUACUAAGUGACACCGUUUGAAUGUAUGUAUGUAUGGGCAGGGCCCCACUGGAGAGCACUCGAAAGUGCGAGUCGACGAGAAGAAGGAGGAGUAGCUGUGUACAGUACCCUCGUGCGUGCUUUGGACUGUACCAGCGGCAGCAGUAGCAGUAGCAGCAGCACCUGCUGCCCUCGCCUCGCCUCGCCUCCCUUGCUCUGCUCUCUUGGUCGGGCCUGGGUCGGGGCGGGUGCUUUCUUUUGCGUUGCGGUUGCGGGUGGGGGCUCGCUUUGCUUUGUGCUUUGCGUUGCUUGGCUUUGGUUUGCUUUGCAGACGACUCGUGCCUGUGCCUGUGAGUGAGAGCAGAUAGUGCGGCUGACUGUGGCCGGGGCUCCCGGAUGGAGAAUCAUGUGUUUCGAGGUUUUGGGGACAAAGACGGACGAGCAAGAAGUGCGUUUCAAGCGAGAAUUGAGUGCAGUCAGUCUGUGAUUCUUCUUUUUCUCCUUGCGUAAAUUGUCACGAGAGUCUUGAAAGCGCUUGGUUGGUCGGGUGGAUGGUGGUGAGUCGGGUAGCGAGCGAGCGAACGGGCGAGCGAGGGUGUAAAGCAGGAGGUGGAGUAUUCUUGGAGCACUGGUGGGGGAGGAGGGAGGACGCUGAGCCAUGGUCUAGCUCUGAGUCAGGUGGCUGGCUCGGUGAUGGGUGAGCAUCCUUCGGAGGUACUGGCGGGAGAUCAUCGUGCGAUGAGUGUGGACGAGGACGUCGUGUACGAAGAGCCUGGCCAUGCAGGCUCGAGGAAAGGGCGAGUUUACAAGAAGGGAGCCUGGACCGUGCCCGAGGUCAUGGUCCUGCAGGCUGCCAAACGCGAGGAUUUCGAGAGGCACAGCAAGGGCGGUCUCAAAGAGAAGCACAAGACGGCCCAAGAACGAUGGCUCUGGAUUGAAGACAUCUGCUGGGGCCACGCUAUUCAUCGCAGCGCGCAGCAGUGCCAGGACAAGUGGGAGUCCCUGGUGCCGGAAUUUAAAAAGGUUCUCGACUACGAGCGGAACCUCCCCAUCGGCCAGAAAUCCUACUGGCUCAUGAUUCCGGAGGAGCGCAAGAAGACUCCCAAAUUGCCGCCCAACCUCCCUAAGGAAGUGUUCAGCGCUCUCUUCGAAUGGUACCUCAAAAGCAAGACCAUCGACCAGGGCGACCUUCUGGUGGAUAAUUCCACUCCCCCGCGAACGGGCAACUCCAGCUCCAUGGCCGGGAGCAACGGAGAGUUCUCUGGCAUCGAGGGUGAGGGAACGAACGACAAUCGCACUUCCGGUCUCAAGCGGAAAUUGCACUCGAAAACGGUCGACGGGGUGGGGUCGGUUCUGGAGGGCAACAACAAGAAUGUGGUGGCUGCCAUGAUGAAGUGCGAAGAUCGGAAGGAUAAGCGCCACAGGGACAAGUUGGAGCUGAGCUUGCAACGGCACCGCGAAACCAUGGAGAUGAACAUGCAGAGACACAGGGAAAGUCUAGAACUCAACCAGAAGCUCGGUGAAGGGUACAUCAGUGCUUUGUGUAGUAUCGGAGAAGGUUUGAAGCAGCUCGUUAAUACCUUGCAGUCGACGAGCCGCCACAUGUGAUGCGACCACGGACGGGUUGAGAGUUGAAAUCAUGUCACAAAUAGACUUCGAGAGAAGUCUAUGUGGAUUAUCAUCAGUUUUGUUCCACCACUUCCCGUGUUUCCUUCUGUAUCUUUUCUCUUUUCGCUCUGCACUAUGAUGUACAAUGUUACAGGCAUCUCGUCCGCAGAAUGGAGAGAAUGCAUUGAGCAUAGAAGCCCAUAUAUCUAUCGCCAAUCCCGUGUUCACUUUUUGAUUUUGCUUUUGCUGCUUUCUUGGAAUUUAGAGAAGCAGUUUGAGACUCGUCUCAUUCUUUCCACCAUUUUUUGUUGAGUGGAGUGACGAGUUCUCUUGUAUAAAUUACAGGUGGAUGCAGUUGUGAAAAGCUUCCACUUGCUUCACUUGUAUGUAAAUUAGUUGCCCGGAUCAAGGAGUUGAUGCAUGACAUAUACGCGCUCUUGCUAACUUUUUGAUGGCCCUACUGUGCACUCAAAGUUUCUGUCAGCAAUUAAGGCUGCCGUAUGCUCAACAGUCAUGCCGUAAGUGUUUCUGCUGUAUUGUUCGAAUUUCUAUAAGCUAUAAUACCAAAACCUAAAAAAAAAGAAAAAAAAGAAAAGAGUUCAGACUAUGUCAGUGAAUGCCCUUGUUGCAGUGAUUCUUAUCAGAUUUUUUUGUUGCGGAGG